ACACCAUGUACUACACAAGUACAAUUCUAUAUCUUAAGAAUUAACCUUCUCUUAAAUUCUUUAAACUUCCGGCUUUCAUUCUCGUGCAACGAGUUACAAAAGUCCGCAGAGAUGGCCAAGUCUAAGAAUCACACCAACCACAAUCAGAAUCGCAAGGCUCACAGGAAUGGAAUCAAAAAACCUAAGCGUUACAGACACGAAUCGACUCUUGGGAUGGAUUUGAAAUUCCUUCGCAAUCAAAGAUUCGCUAAAAAGCAUAAUCUAAAUCCUAAACAACAAGUAAAACGAGCAGCGGAACAUCGCAUUUUAUUAUUUAGCGGUAAAAGAAAGUCAGGAAAAGACUAUAUUACUGAUAAUUUAUUUAAAAGGCUCGGUCCUGAAAAAAGUGUUAUUAUCAAACUUUCGGGUCCUAUAAAAAGUCAUUGGGCAAAUACAUUCAAUCUAGAUUUAAAUCAGUUACUAAGCGAUGGAAAGUAUAAAGAAAAUUAUAGGCUUGAAAUGAUAAAAUGGGGAGAAGAUAAAAGACGUACAGAUACCGGAUAUUUUUGUAGAGCAGCAAUUGACAUGUACAAUGCAACCAGUAAAAAAAUCUGGAUAGUGAGUGAUGUUAGACGUAAAACAGAUAUUGAAUGGUUUGAAAAAACUUAUGGAGAACUUUGUAAAACCAUUCGAAUCAAUUGUAGUAAUGACGUGAAAUCUCAACGAGGCUGGAAAUUUACACCAGGUAUUGAUGAUUCCGAAACUGAAUGCGAUUUAGAUGACAGAAGUGAAUGGAAUUUAAAAAUAACUAAUGAGGGUAAUGACUUGGAUAACUUGUCAAUAACUCUGGAACACCUGACAAUAGUUAUAGUAUAUUUAAAAUCCAUAAAGUCGAAAGGGAUUAUAACAUGA